AUGGUAGAUGCACACGGCAGAUUCUGCUUCUUGUUCUCCCUAUUCGUCGUCUUGGCCAAGAGCGAUGGCCUGGUGACUCUUGGACGCUUCGUUCAAGACCCGUUACCGGUGGAACCUUUCAACGUCACCACGACGUCUCCACGUCUAAACGUCUGCUUUUGGAACCUGCAGCUCCACGGACUGGCAAGAACACUGCUCUGGACAGCCGAGGCUAAUCUGAUCGAACUGCUAGUCAAAGUUGCUACAGUGACAGAUAUGGUCUCCCUUCAGGGAGAGUACAAGCUCGACGGUGGUUCGGCGCUUUUAUCGUUUAUAUCGGUGGGGGGUGAGGGACAGUUCUGGAUGAACGCGACAAACGUUUCGACUGUUGCAACGGCAACGUUUGAAGAAGGGCCGAAUGGCAGACCUAGGGUUCGUGACGUGGACGUGAGGUUGGAACUUAGGAACAUCAAGUUUCACAUGGAGAAUCUGAUGGGUGGAGGCAGCCUGGCCAGGGUCGGCAAUAGCAUGCUGAACAAGAUCAACGGGACUAUAUUCAAACUGGCGGAAGAGUCCCUGCACACCACAGUCCAAGAGAACAUCCGCCAGCGGAUCAAUUCCGAACUCUCCAGAAUCUCCGUGGAGCGAUCGGAGAGCCUCGUCGACGGCCUCAUCGCGCUGGUCGGCGAACAGAUCAGGACCACGGGUGCCGACCCGUUCAAGAUAGCGGACCAACACCACUCUUUCAAGCAGGACUUACUGUUUUUCACUGUCCACUCCGAAGCGCACCUAACGAGAGGCCGACUGCACGGCCUCUCAACAGUGCAACGCUCCGGAAACCUGAUGGCCUACUACAAGGACCGUACAGUCACCAUACACGCCGACUUAGAGUUCAGACAACUGUCCGGAACUUUCCGGUGGAGGGCGCGGGUCCAAGGCAGCAGAUUCUCGGGAAGGGUGUCGUUGACCGUUAGUGGUGUUGCGCUCCAUCUGCGGCUGACGCUACCCGUCGGGGACAACGUGACGGUGGCGGGGCCGCUUCAUCUGGAAGAGUUGAAGUUGACGGACGUCGGUCAGGUCCGGUUGCAUUUUCAUGGUGCGGACAGCCUAGACUUUCUGUUGGAGGCGCUCACGAAUCUGAUCAUCGAUGAGAUAAAGCAGGACCUUGCACAUGUGGUGCUGGAGCUCCUUGAGGACUCGAUUCGGCGUAAGAUCGCCACUUUGCAGUUGUCUGAAUUCGUGUAGAGCAUCCCAUAUGAAUCAUGUUUACAAUAGCCAAGUAUCUGUAGAGUUUUCUUUUCAUGUCCGUGCGCAGCGUU